AAUGAUUACCUGCGUGCGCUGUGAUAGCUGACAGGAGCUGAAUGACGUCAUGUCCAGUAAGAAGCAUUCGCCGCAGCCUAAGCGGACGGAGGCACUGAGCGGGCGACUGUCCAAAUCAGCUUCGGAGUUAUCCUGUGCUCCACCGCAAAAUGCGUCGCCUCCGCGCGCGCGAUCCGCGCAUCAUCACACACCCCUUUCCGUGGUGCAUAGAACUCAACACUUCUUUACCACCUUGAAGAGUCGAUGGCAGCGCAGCAAGAGCCGGGAGCGAUACCCGGCGGGCACAAUGUUCUCGCUUGCCCCGGGGCAUGACAGCAGCGGGACAGAUUACCAGGAGAGCUCAGAGAGUACACCUGCUAACUCGCCCAGACAUCGGGGAAGAAGAGAUAUGUCAACGUCGAGGCAGGUGUCCACUGAUCAAGUUCCGUCCACAUCGGGCACUCCGGCGCAUUAUCCGCGCCCGCCGCCUGCUGAGCUACUGCAAUUGGAACCCGAUGAAGGCCAAAAGCUAAGAGAGCAACACUUAAGACAAUUUUCGUUCUUCCAACUAAGAGUUCACUUGAAAAGAGGCCAAAACCUAAUCGCCAUGGACAAAAACGGCACCAGUGACCCUUACGUGAAGUUCAAGACUGGUGGACGUCUGUUGUACAAGUCGAAAAUCGUGUAUAGAGACCUGAAUCCUGUCUGGGAUGAAUGCUUCACCGUUCCUAUUGAAGAUCCUUUUCAGCCAGUUCAAAUUAAGGUGUUCGACUACGAUUGGGGCCUCCAAGACGACUUCAUGGGAUCCUGUCACUUAGACCUCACGGCCUUGGAGCUUGGCCGCACUCAGGACCUGGUUCUCUGCUUACGGGAUCCUAAUAAGACUAACCAGGAUUUGGGGGAGAUCGUGCUCAAUGUGACUCUGUGGCCGAAAUCUCAAGAAGAGAAAGACCAGUAUCUGUUAAAGAACACGAGGCUAAGUGAUGUAAACAAGAAGCUCAAAGCACAAAUUUGGAGUUCAGUUGUGACAAUUGUGUUGGUCGAAGCGAAGAAUCUGCAAGCUAUGGAUUUGGACACGCGAUCUAGCGAUCCUUACUGUAAAUUUAGGUUAGGCAAUGAAAAAUACAAAAGCAAAGUGGUAUGGAAAACUCUUCAUCCAUCAUGGCUGGAACAGUUUGAUCUGCAUUUAUAUGAUGACCAGGAACAAAUAUUGGAAGUCACGGUUUGGGAUAAGGAUAAACAAAGUAAAGAUGACUUUUUAGGAAGAUGUCUUAUAGAUUUAUCAAAAUUAGCAAGGGAAAAAACGCACAAUAUUUGGGCUGACUUAGAAGAUGGGAACGGGCAAAUAUUUCUACUGCUUACAAUUAGUGGAACCACGCAGUCUGAAACGAUAACAGAUUUAACCAGUUACAGAGAGAAUCCUAAAGAUAAGGAAAUUAUUGAAAGGAGAUACGCGUGGCAUCGGUUAAACGAGAACUCAAGUGGAGUGGGGUGGCUAUGUGUGAAAGUCUACGGAGCAAAAGGUUUAGCCGCAGCAGAUUUAGGUGGAAAGUCAGAUCCGUUCUGUGUUUUGGAAUUAGGAAAUGCAAGGUUACAAACGCAUACGGAGUAUAAAACUUUGACACCGAAUUGGAUGAAGAUCUUUACUUUUACUGUAAAAGACAUAAGUUCAAUCCUAGACAUAACUGUCUACGAUGAAGAUCACGAUCACAAAGUCGAGUUUUUAGGCAAAGUUGCAAUUCCGUUAUUAAAUAUACGAAACGGAGAAAAGCGAUGGUACGCAUUGAAGGAUAAGAAGAUGAGAGCUAGGGCGAAAGGAAACUUUCCUCAGAUACAAUUGGAAAUGACUGUGAUAUGGAAUCCGCUGAAAGCGGCAAUAAGAGUGAUAAAUCCAAAGGAACCAAAGUACAUGCACCAAGAGGCGAAAUUUAAGAGACAGCUCUUCAUCCGAAAUGUGAUGAGACUGAAAGCCGUCAUCAUGUGGUUGUUUGAAAUUGGAAAGGUUUUACAAGACUGUUUCGAAUGGGAAUCAAAAGUACUUUCAUUCUCUGGCUUGCUGGUGUGGCUAGCCUUCUGUUACUAUUAUGAAAUGUGGAUGUUACCUUUUCUAUUUCUCAUCUUAUUUGGAAGAAAUUGGCUCAUCUAUAGAUUGACUGGAGGAAAUGCUUUGUUAUUGCCAGUGGAUGAUGAGGAUUUAUUAGCUGAAGAAGAUGAAGAAGACGACGGUGACAAGGAGGAAAAGAAAUCUCUAAAAGAAAGACUACAAGCGAUACAAGAAGUGACACAGACGGUGCAAAACGCUAUUGGUUACGUCGCCUCAUUAGGAGAGGCUGUAAAAAACUUAAUGAAUUUCACUGUGCCAUAUCUGAGUUAUAUAGCAAUCGUUAUGUUAGUUGGAGCCAUGGUUGUUUUGUAUAUUAUUCCCCUUAGAUAUCUUCUCAUGGCGUGGGGCAUAAACAAAUUUACAAGGAAAAUAUUGCGACCUCAUACGAUACCAAACAAUGAGGUAAUGGAUUUGUUGUCACGGGUACCUGACGACGAGACUCUGUUGGACUGCAGGGAACUAAAACCUCAUUCCUCGACGGAACACCGUCGAGACGUAAGAAAGAAGCACAAACCCUCGUAACAAUUCACUAAACCUUCCAUCAAACAACGGGUAUCCAGUUACUACAAGAGAAGCUUAAAAUCCAAGCUAUUUUUGAAUAAUAAAUAAAUCACAAACUGAAAAUUCGGCCAUGUUGUUUGACAUUCGUAAAGGUAAAAUACCAAACGGCUUUUAUAAAUGUAAAAAUAAAAAUACAAAUACAUAACUACUUAUCUAGUAAAAUCGUGAUAAUAUAAUAUUAAGUAAAACUAAAGUCGUCCAUGUAUAAAGCUGAAGUUAAAGUUUCUGUUUCUGGUUUGACAAUAUUGAUUUCUGUUUAAUUGAUCAGCAACAUGUAGAAAAAAGUAGUUAUAUCUCUGAAAAUCUGCUUUCGCAGCUGUCACAGUGGUAUUUACGUAGCUGCCUAUUUACAUAGCUGUAUAAUGGAAUUUAGAUAAUCUCGUAAUUCUACAUAUCUCUUGGUUCUUUAUCAUCAGUAUGUAGAAUUUUGGUUGAAAUAUAUCAUUGAUUUGAAAUGUAAUGUUCCCUUUUUGUUUUAAAUUACCGAAAAAUUUUUGUGUUUAUGGGUACCAACUUAAAUUUCAAUUUGUCGUUAUCCCCACCACAGAAGUAAUGUUUUUGAGAAAAAUAAAGUUUUUUUUCCUGUGUAUAUACCUAUGUUAGAACCAAUUACAAAAUGAUAUUGAUAAUCCAGAAACAAAAAUCGUGAUUUCUUGAAGAUAUUUUUUUGUCACUUAUAGAACCUCAGUUUAUGUUAACAAAAGAAGCAUUUAUUUUGGAAACUAAUAAAAAUUAUGAGUGCAUGAUUGAUACUUACGCAAACUGUUUCUGUAAACGUUUCAAAUAAUGUAACAAUGGUGUGUUAUAAAAUCUGUGAUUUUGAAAGAUCUGUAAAGAAUUAUGAAAUUGAUACGGAAAGCUUGCGUAAAAAAUUAGGUAUAGGCGAAAAAGUGCUCAGAUUUUGGGCUAUGUUAAUUAACUCUCCUCUUCCAUUUUAUUCUUAGUACACUUACUUAGCUAGAAAUGCUAGAAAUAUUUUAAUCUAAGCAGCAGUGGCGCAGCGUGUGGGGUGCAGACGGGGCUGUUGCCCCGGGCGUUAAAGUUGUUUUUUACUUAAAAUUAGAAAAUAAGUUCCACUGUUUGAGGAAAUGAUAUCUUGAACAACAUAAAAGUAGCGACGGCAGGUGAACAUAAAAACACAAUCGAGUCAAACCUGCCCGAACGAACUAUUUGUGUAAUCGUGAAAAUACUAAGAGGGCGCAGAAAAUUUAAAAUUGGCCCCGGGCGGCACAAAUCGACGCUACGCCACUGCUAAGGAAGCUGUGGUCAUAAAACGAGAUGUAGCGGUAUGUCAAAAAAAAACUAUGAAAGAUCUUAAAACAUUGCAUUUAAUACCCAAUUGUAAAAAAUCCAAUAAAUUUAUUGUAUACGUAGAUAGGAAUUU